CCGAUAUUGCUUUUCCUGCACUAGCAGGUCGAUGCAGAAAAGGCAGGGUGAACGAGGGAACAACUUCUCUGAGCCGUCUGCUGCCCCGCGGCGUGGCGGUCUCGUUGAGAUUUGGAGUAAACUACUCUCUUGGUUCUAUUUUAUUUUUAUUUUGUCUUUAUUCUUUUUUCCUUCUAUUUUUUGCGAAUGGGUGUGGUGGCGUUGCAGUUUAGCUUGGAGUCAAACCCGCCGUUUGAAUCGCGCUGCCCGUCCCCCAGAUUCUUCCCCAUGCCCCAAUUAGCUGACUUUGUCCUCUGUUUUCUCUCGUCAUUUCUCAUCUUCUCGCUUCCAACAAACGCAAAAAAAAAAAAAAAAAAAAAAAGUGUCGAAGCCAUCCCUGGCCAACUCACAGGCCGGCCACGCUACACAACCCUUCCCUCCUACCCGUAUCGGACAAGGCUGGGGUCCUCGUAUCUCACUCGCCAUCGUAAGCUGAGCCGGGGUGGCCCCCAAUUCGUCAGGCAAUGCGAAUUGCUCGAGGGGAAAUAUCCCAAAAAAAAAAGUUGACUCUUAGCGAACAAGGGCGCUGUAUCUCUUGCCUGUCUUU